AUGGAAAUUGUUGACAAGGCUAUCGACUUGGGGACAAACUAUUUCAAAUGUGAAAAUUAUGGCAAGGCAAAGGAGAUUUUUGUGAAAACUAUCAAAUUGACUAGAUCUUAUUCAGAUGACGAUAAUAUUAAAUUAAGACACAAUGUUGGUGCAGUGGUCUCAUACAAUGACAAAUCUCUUACACAUCAUCCGAGAUACAUUAAGUUGUUAGAUAAUCUAGCUGCAUGUUGGGAAAAGUUGAAUGACUUAAAGCGCGCACUAAAUUAUUCUGAUAAGAUGGUUCAACUCGAACCAUACAAUCUGAAAUGCUAUAUAAGGCGAGGUAAGGUUUUGCAAAAACUAGGCAAGGAUAAAGAAGCGUAUGACAACUAUCGACUAGGUCUGAGAAACGCUAAAGAGGCAUAUGAAAAAUUCAAUAUCGAUGCCCCCAAAAAAUUCAUUGAACUUGUUUCAGCUCAAAAGGCUAAAGCCAAGUUACGACUACAGUCACAGGUACCUGCUUCAAAAGUAUCUUUCGAAAAGAGAACAAUUAUAGACCCACUAGAAGAGCAAGCACGACUGGCUUCCGUUAAAAAGCCAAGAUCAUCCGUAGCUGCUAUGCAUCAUAUUGAUUUUAUCGGUCAACUUCCUUUGGAACUGCUUCCAAAAGUAUUGCAGGGGUUUUCACCUGGUGAGCUCAUUACGAUUUCAUUUGUAAAUAAAACUUGGUUUACCAGAAUAUUCUUCUUUCCACAACUAUUUAAAGAUUUCAAGCUUGAUUCAAAAACCUAUAAACACUGUAACCAAUUUUUACAGUUUGUUAAAAAGCUUAGUAGAUCUGUUAAUAAGAGGUCUUUUUUGACCUCUGUUACGAUUGACUCUAUUCGAUAUUCAUCAAAAGUACCUUCUGAAGAAUCCAAAUCCCUACAACUUCUCUUAACGAAUUUACAAAACUAUUAUGUAAAUAGACUUAUUCUUUCCAUUCCAAAUGUAACCACACAGCAUCUAUCAAAAUAUAUUCUACCACAAGAUAAUUUUAUCACAAAUGUGAAAGAGCUCUCUUUGGUAACUAUCCUCAGAGUAGAUAAACUAUACGAAGUAAAUGCUCUUUCAAAUUUUAAAAAUUUGCACAAGCUGGAGCUUAUCUUUGAAACAUCCAUGAUUCCAAUUAAUUCGAGUGUUCGUGUAGAAGAUGAAAGUGACUCAAUAACUGAUCCAAACUGGAGUAAGAACCUAAAAUCGGUCAAGCUGAUUUGUGCCCAAAAUAAAGUCAAAAUAUUUCCCUUAUCUCCCAUCUUUAAAAGCUCUUCGUUGAUUUGGGAUAGUCUAACGGAUUUAUAUUUCAGUGGUAUUACUUUCGAUUCGGAAAGCUCAACAUUUGAAUGGCUGAAAAGAUUCCAGAAUCUGAAAAUCUUAUGGUUUGAAAAUAAUACUAACUGUAAACUUGAGUCACUCUUAGACAUAUUAAAAAGUACAGUAUUAUUCCAAAAUCUUCAAAAGCUAACAUUUAGGGAAGUCAAUAAUAGAACCAAAUUUAAUUUUGAUGCAUUUCGUGCAAAUCCUAGAAACUAUGAGAGAAAUUUUGAGAAUUUAACCUAUUUGGAUCUUAUGGGUACGUCAUUAACUGGUCUAGGUCUGACAAGGUUAGUCAACUAUUUAGAUGCGAAUAAGUUCUCGAGUUUGAACAUCGGUGAUUGUCCAUAUGUAAUUCUUAACAGACUACCCAAUGAGGCAAAUGACUUGACCUUUUCUACGGCGCAUUUCUUCAGCAAAUUCGUUAAUUUAAGAGAGUUAAAAAUGCAUAUGCUGGGUACUAUCAAUGAUAAUUCUGUAAAUCUCCUGAUUGAAGAAGUUCUAAGUUUACAGCAGUUGAAGCUGCUAGAUUUAUCAUUGAAUCCAUUAAUUACCGGGGUCUCUAUUUAUCAGUUAUGCUCGAAAUUAUAUGAGGUAAGAGAUUCUUCACCUUUGGCUACUUUGGUGAUUGAUGGCUGUCCCUCUGUUUCUCACAUUACCGUUAAUACAAUCAAAUCAAAGGGCUUUGUAAAUAAGAUUGAUUGUGUCUACGAAAAAGAGAUAUGGAGAAGUUUUGGUAUAAAUUCCUAUAGAUAUCCUUAA